AUGGAGGAAAAUAACGCAGACUUCUGCAUUGUACAAGAAACAUUCAACUCAGGGCUCACUAUGAGCUGUGUGUUCUGCAUACUCUCAGUACGUGUGAACUCCGUUUUCUCUUUCAACACAAACAUUUACGGGCACCUAGGGGCUUUCCCGGUGGCUCAGAGGGUAAAGCGUCUGCCUACAAUGCGGGAGACCUGGGUUCGAUCCCUGGGUCGGGAAGAUCCCCUGGAGAAGGAAAUGGCAACCCACUCCAGUAUUCUUGCCUGGAAAAUCCCAUGGACAGAGAAGCCUGGUAGGCUACAGUCCAUGGGGUCGCAAAGAGUCGGACAUGACUGA